AUGGCACAGUUUGAAGGCCUGGCAUCGUUACACCAAUAUGGAGAAGGCAUUAAAUGCCGAGUUUUUGCCACCACCUUAUCAGGCAUGGCCCAAAGAUGGUUCCACAACUUGAAAAGCAGCUCCAUCUACUCGUACGGGGACUUAUACCUCAUGUUUAUGCGACAGUUUGCUAGUUCCAAGAGAAUGGGAAAGACCGCUCUAUCUCUGAUGGAUGUCAAACAGGAACCGCAGGAAUCGCUAAGGGAGUACGUAGCCAGGUUCAACAUGGCCGUGCUAGAUACACCAGAGGCAGAAUCACAAAUCAAGUGUUACGCAUUCGUCCGAGGGUUGAAGCAAGGUCCCCUUUUCGAUGCAUUACAAAUAACACCACCCAAGGAAUUCGACAACAUCAUGGCCAUACUACCAGGAUACCUGCAGUUAGAAGACGCUAAGGCCGCACGAAGGGCCGAAGCCGAUAAACUCCGCGUGAAGAAAGGUGACGGCGGGAUGCACCCCAGCGAUAAACACUCUCAGAGGACACCAUACAAGGGCCUACCACCAAGAAUACCAGCCAUGGCAGUAGAGACCAGGUCCCCUUCACCAGGACCUGCGCAGACUGAUCGACGCAACAGGGGCGGUGAUGUACAGGAACGCCAUCCGUUGGACAGGCCUGCCGACGAGAUCUUCCAUCUUGUCAAAGAUGAAACUUGGUUCCGAGCCCCGUGGAACUACACCCGUGGUAAUCCCAAACCAGGGAAAAAUGACUUGUUAUGCGAAUACCAUAACGCUUAUGGACAUACAACCGCGAAUUGCGGACACUUGAUGAACCAGUUGGAGAUAUUGGUGAGACAAGGUCGGUUGGACAUAUUCAUUGCUGGACCUCCGAAAAAAAUGAACAGAGAACGGCACAACCGUAAUCAUGAUAAUCACAGACGCGACGGGAGGGAGAUGAGAAAUGGCGCGGAUGACAGACGCGAAGGAGAACUAAGGAAUGAAAUACCAGAGCGACCACCUUUCCAAAGGGAAAUUCAUAUGAUCGUCAGAGAAAAUGGUACGCCCACAUCAAACAGAGCGAAGAAACAACUUGUUAGGGCUGUAAGAACAGGACACUUUAACUCAAAGGUCAUGGCUAUUACCAGCGCAGCCAGUGAACCCACCAUAUCCUUUGGCCCGGAGGAUGCCAGAUUAUUAAUGUACCCCCAUGAUGACGCCUUAGUCUUCUCAACAGACGUGGCCAGAUGCCUGGUCCACCGAGUUUUCGUAGACUCGGGCAGUGCGGUGAAUAUUGUAUACUGGGAUUGCUGGAAGGCCCUUGGCUCGGAUGUCAAUAUUGAACCAACGAAUGCACCACUCUAUGGAUUCUCCGGAGAAUCAGUAGUACCGAUCGGAAUGGUAGAGCUGCCAGUCACCUUGGGACGAUCGCAGGGUUAUAAAACCAGAACAAUCAGAUUCUUGAUCAUAGAUGCUCUGAAGCCCAUGUACAACAUCAUUUUGGGGCGGCCUGCUCUAAACACCUUCAAGGCAGUAGUUUCCACAUUCUACCUCAAAAUGAAGUUUCCGAUAGACGGUGGAAGGAUUGGGGAAGUGUGGGGGGAUCAAGCUACAUCGAAGCAAUGUCAUGUACAAACUUUAACCCAGCAUACUAUGCAACAAAAGGAUAAUACUGGAGACGACCCCAACACUCGAAAGCAGAAACGAAAGCAAGCAAAAACCCCGGGAGAACCCAAUGAUCAAAGAAAUGAGAAGGUGGGGAUAGUCACCGCGUCAAACCCUGAACACAGAGAAAUCAUGGAACUCAGAGACGGAGUCGAUAAACAACCCCUUGUUUCCACGAGUGACGCGUGCUUGUUCAUCGAACUUUUUCCUGACAAGGAGGGAUACACCACCAAGAUUGGAGCAGGAAUGACACCCGUCCUCCAAAGGGAAGUCACCGCAUGCCUGCGCAGGAAUGCGGAUGUGUUUGCAUUCAACACUGAAAUAGUUUAG